CUGUUCAUCUUUGACGGCCUGGAUGAAAGCAGACUUUCACUGGAUUUCAACAACAGUGAGGUUGUGUCUGAUGUCACACAGAAGUCAUCAGUCAGCGUGCUGUUGACAAACCUCAUCAAGGGGAAGCUGCUUCCAUCGGCUCUCAUCUGGAUAACCUCCCGACCAGCAGCAGCCAAUCAAAUCCCUCCUUCAUGUGUUGACAGGGUAACAGAAGUACGAGGCUUCACUGACCCCCAGAAGGAGGAGUACUUCAAGAAGAGAUUCAGUGAUGAAGAGCAGUCCAGCACAAUCAUCUCACACAUCAAGACAUCCAGGAGCCUCCACAUCAUGUGUCACAUCCCAGUCUUCUGCUGGAUCACUGCUACAGUUCUGGACCACAUGUUGACUCCAGACCAGAGAGAAGAGCUGCCCAAGACCCUGACUGACCUGUACUCAUACUUCCUGCUGAUUCAGACAAAGAGGAAGAAGAACAAGUAUGAUGAGGGACAUGAGACGAGUCCACAGGAGCUGACGGAGGCUGACAGGAACCUUCUUCUGAAGCUGGGGAGGCUGGCGUUUGAACAACUGCAGAAAGGAAACAUCAUGUUCUACCAAGAAGACCUGGAGCAGUGUGGUCUUGAUGUCACAGAGGCCUCGGUAUUAUCAGGAGUAUGUACAGAGAUCUUUAAAAGAGAGAGUGUGAUCUUCCAGAAAGCAGUCUACAGCUUUGUUCAUCUGAGCGUUCAGGAGUUUCUGGCUGCAGUCUACAUGUACCACUGUUACACCAGCAGGAACACAGAGGUACUGGAGGACUUCCUGGGAGAAGACUACAGGUACUCACCUCUGGAUGACAUCCUUGGAGUAGAAGAAGACGAUAACCUAUCUCUGGAUGUCUUCCUGAAGGGAGCCAUGGAGAAAUCACUCAGAAGUAAAAAUGGCCACCUCGACCUGUUUGUUCGCUUCCUUCAUGGCCUCUCUCUGGAGUCCAACCAGAGUCUCUUAGGAGGCCUGCUAGGUCAGACAGAGAACAGUCCAGCAACCAUCCAGAGAGUCAUUUACAACCUGAAGGAGAUGAACAUGUACAAUAUCUCUCCUGACAGAAGCAUCAACAUCUUCCACUGUCUGAUGGAGAUGAACGACCGCUCAGUACAUCAGGAGAUCCAAGAGUUCCUGAAGUCAGAGAACAGAGAGAAGAAACUCUCUGAGAUCCACUGCUCAGCUCUGGCCUACAUGCUGCAGAUGUCAGAGGAGGUUCUGGAUGAGUUGGACCUGGAGAAGUACAACACAUCAGAGGAGGGACGAAAGAGACUGAUCCCAGCUGUGAGGAACUGCAGAAAGGCUCGGUAA